UAGCUUUUAACGAAACGUCCCUACCAUAGUGAUACCAAAGUGAACGUCUAACACACCUCAGUCAACUAGCAGCGAUGCGCGCAAGCGCUGCCAUUCUAUUUUUUGCGGCGUGGCCAUGUUUUAUUCACGCGCAAAAUACGCGUUCGCGCGAAAACGGACGAAAUUUCGCGUAUGGAAUAAAUGAAAACUUAAUCCGUAUUGUGCCGUGUGUCAAAAAUCUAGGUCUCUCGAAAUGUGUAGCCGCGUACGGCGCGUGGCGAGCGGAGAAGUCUUUAAACCCGCUGGAGUCUUUAAAUAGUGAGAGGUUUCCAUGGCAACGGUACUACAACGUAUCAGAUGAUGUUCUUUAUACAGACCUCUGUGAUAGAGCGGAGAGGCUACUCCAACGACGUCCACUUGAACUGCACUUGAAUCAAGAUUAUAGUCUACAGCUUGGAGUGACUGGAAACGGAUCGUUGAACGUCGAUGUUUUAAAAAGUGACAUGAUAUCGGGAAGGAGCAGUAUGAAAAAACUCGAGAAAUAUUUCUACGAACUGGUACCAUUUAUGGUAUUGCCUGGUCUGCUUAUGUCUGCGGUUUUGCCCUUCUUCUUGCCAACUUUGAAAAUGAUGACCCUAGGGGCCGGAUUGCUGAACAAUAUGGCCUUAACGGGUGCUGUAUUCACUUUACUCAGAAACAAUGCCUUCAAUGACAAGUAUGAAAAGAAAGUAAUCUAUCUAAACGAUGGUUACCUUAAUGAUAAAUUCGAACCCCUUGCCGAUACCCCAGCUGAGUUUGUAGUUGAGGGGGACUUUGACAAGUAUCCAGAGAAAUAUGCGGGUCUAGAAGACACGGAUAUCAAGGAGUUCCAUGUCAAUGGUGAAGAUUCAUUGAACUCGGAUUGGCUCAAACAGAUAUCGGGAAAUGAUGCCGUAAAACUUUUCCGAAACAACUUUAUAGCUAGCGAUUGGAAAAGGAAAAACGAUGAUGCACAGAACACAAAAUGGGUCAGCAGAGAUAACUGAAUACUAUUAUUGAUACGUAAUUCUGUGAUUUCAUCUGAGGAAGAGUCCUAAACACUCCACUUUCUCUAUUCAUUUAUUAUCAAAAUGUACUGUUUUUAAUUUUUGAUAGAGUAUAAACAAAAUAUAAUGGAAGAAGCAAGUCGUACGUAAACCGUACGAAUUAUAUAUAAUUAUUAUUCGUACGGAUAUAAUGUCGGACAAUUAACUGGUCGUACGAAUUAAAAUAAACCAAUUCGUACGGUUUACGUGUAAAUAGUCACUUCCAAAUAAAAUAGUACCAAUGGAGGUAUGGACACACAGAGAAGUUCGUAAGGAUAUGUGACAAACACUUUAUAGAUCUAGAAUGUAUUAACUAUUAAGUAUUUAUUGUUACUAUAAAAAUAAAAUAAAAUCCUGAAUGCCUGUUUGCCUAGUCUAGUGUAAUUUAACUUAUUAAGUACAUUGUUAAAAAUGUAAUUUUAUUUAUUUUGUUGAGGUGUUUCAAUAAACAUUAAUUUAAUUAUU